GUUUCACACCUAGAAGCGGAACAUCGCGACACUUGGUCCCAUUCAACGAGUACGAGAGGAAAAGAGGAGUGACUUGCACAGUUUUGAAAGCAAGCAGGGAAAAUGGCAGACGCUGAGGAUGAAAAACUACCGUCCGGAUGGGAGAAGCGAAUGAGCCGCAGUUCAAGCAGAGUGUACUACUUUAACCACAUCACCAAUGCCAGCCAAUGGGAGCGCCCGGUUGGGUCAGGUGAUGGAAGCGGCGAGCCAGACAAGGUGCGCUGUUCCCACCUCCUGGUGAAGCACAACCAGUCACGACGGCCGUCCUCAUGGAGGGAGGAGAACAUCACACGCUCCAAAGAGGAGGCCCUAGACCUGAUACAGAAGUACAUUGAGCAGAUCAAGUCAGGAGAGCAGGAGUUUGAGGCCUUGGCCUCUCAGUUCAGCGACUGCAGCUCUGCUCGCAACGGAGGUGACCUGGGCCCUUUCGGCAGAGGUCAGAUGCAGAAGCCUUUUGAGGACGCGUCUUUUGCCCUGAAGGUGGGAGACAUGAGUGGACCAGUGUUCACCGACUCUGGUGUUCACAUCAUCCUCCGCACGGGAUAGAGACGCUCUCCAAUGCCCCAAAAUACCCUCAACCAGCCCCAAAAUACCCUCAACCAGCCCCAAAAUACCCUCAACCAGCCCCAAAAUCCCCUCAACCAGCCCCAAAAUACCCU